CGUAUGCGUGUCACACCGCGAUAGCUUGCGCACCGUACGCAUGAGGCAGCGCUAGUACAGAAGCUUGUCAACUGGCAGAACCGCUCAAAGCCUAAGCGCCUCCAUGCCAGAGCGUCCAUGUGACGAUUCAUGCUGGCGCGGGCGCGCGUCAGAUUUGGUCACCGGGGGUUAACUCGAAUCUAGUCAUCGCUCCGCACCACUGUGGUGCCUCAUGUCAAAUGUGAAAUUAACCCCCCACCACAAUUUCAACAAACGCCACGACCACCGCCAACUCCACACAACACAAUUCAUCGAUCUUUACAUGAGCUAGCCAUUGCCAUUAGCGGUCAACCCAAUAUGAAUGUUAGUUAUGCACGCCUUUCCUUUUCUUGCCUCUGUCACUCCACCCUGUGCAUGGAUCUCAGCAUCAGCAUCGCCGCUGCCACUCAACAACUUACUCCCUACGUAACGCCCGUACGUCAAAGAUGUGUACAUAAUUCACCUUCAAACUCGGCUCCCCCACAACACGCCCUUCUUCGGGCUCACCCAGUCCAUGAUCCCUUAACUACAUGUAUGGUAAUAAUAUCAAUAAUCAUAUCGUUCAUCACCAUCACCAUCAACUACAUUCUUACAUCUUUAAGCACUCUAAACACUCUAUUACAGUGCUUAGAAUUGCAGGCUAUACCACAUAGUACCCAUAUCAGGAACGGGACUAACAACGCCGACGCCGCGCGAGAAAACAACUUGACCGCCCGUCUGUCGAUCGAGAUAAGGAGAUUGAAUCGGAUUAAUGCUCGCUCGGCUACCGACCACCGCUGCUGCAGGUGCCGCCAUGUGCCCGACACUCGAUACUACGUAAAGCCACCGUGGUAUGUAUGUAGUGUAAACACGAAGAGAACUGAGGGCGUCAAUGAAGACAAACUUCAAGCUUUUAAGCGUCAUUUACUCGAGUUGUGACAGGUUCAAAUUCACGAGAUUAAAUAGGACUUGUGUGCGCUGGCUUCAGUACCUCAGUUUUGGGAUGGAGUAACCUCCCUGGCAUAAUGGCACCAUAGGAUUAUUGGAAGCAGGAUUUUGUCAAUUAUCG